CCUAUGUCUACUAAAGCUGAAUGUUACUUGGGUGGAAAGCCUAAUUGCUUUCUUUUCUAGGUCCUUAAACCCUUUGCUAAUGUUUCUGUCUGAGAGUUCCCAAAGCCAGGGUUCUAGGAGAGUUUGGCAUGUCUGAACAGCUGAACCACGAAAUAAUGGAGUAGGUCCGGCGGGGUGUGGGAGCAGGGCAUUCUGUCAAUAAAAGAGCUCCCCUCUCUGCACACAUGGCCAGUUAAUUGGCCAUUCUGGGAAAGGAUGGAUGGGGAGGGGGGCUUCUGAGAAUCGCCGGUGACAGUUAAGUGGCCUUUUGUUGACGUCCUCUGCUGAACAACUUUGUUGGAUUUAGUCUCUGCUUUUCCUCGGCCUCCUGUGGAUUUUCUGUUAGAUUCAUUUACCAUUCAGGCAUCAUCUUUCACUCUCUCCUUCCAAUAUGACUGCUUUGUGUGCUGGCCUCGGCUUUAUUCCCGCUCUUCCCAGACCAUAAAGGGGGCUGUGUGGGGCUUCGGCAGGACCGAGAAAUUGACUCUGCUGUCUGUCGAGAACCAUAAUGCUCGCAGUGACCUUGGUGUCUAGCAGACAAUGCACCACCUGCACCAGCCUACCGGCGACCGGCUGAAGAUAGAGGAAAGGGCGGCUUCCCCGAAUUCCUUCUCAUGCUAUGUGUCUCUUUCCUUGGUUCCCCUCUCCGUUCCCUUCUGUCCCCCUUCUGCCUGCUGCAACUCACGUCCUGACCUAAGACGCAGCUGUGACUAAGCGUUAAUGCUCUUGAAAUAAUAAUAUGUUCUAUUUUGCAGGCUUGGCCAAGCCAGUUCACCCAAGUUGUCUCAUCUAAUACCCCCCCAAACCCCUGUGAGGUAGGGAGGGGAGGUAUUAUUAACCCUAUUUUCCUGAUGAGUAAACUGAGAUUUAGAGAGAUUAGGGCAGUUGCCCUCAGUCUUUUAGACAGGAAGUGAGCAGGAGGCCUCUGUCUCUAAACCCAGCAUUCUUUCCGUGGCGUCCACACCCUUAUGUGUGAGGAGGACGUGGCCCAGGGGAAGUGUGAGUGGAUGGGGAGGGAGAAGGAGAGCAAAAGGAAAACGUUCCAUGAAGAGGGAGGAAAGGAGUGAUUUCCUUGGGCCUCUAACUGUUCUCAUCUUUCUGCGGAGAUGGAGGAUUUGAUGUUCACCAGAGGCUGGCCCAGCAAACCUCCAGGGAGGAAAGAAAGCCAAGAGCCUUGUCUUCUCUUUCCCCCUUUCCUCUUCCCAGGAGGGGAUUUGCCUGGCAGUGGGGAGGGGUAGCCCUAGCUCUCCCCAGGCCCUGCGCGUGGGAGUCACAUGCUGGGUCUCCCCCGAGAGAACCUAACGCCUGUUCUCAGGCCGGGCCUGCCGGCCUUUAGGUGCCGCGUGGUCUGGAGGCCUCGGCCAUGCCUGCCCACGAGGAAGGCCCCUGAAGCUCGCCUGAAGGAAGAAGCAUGCAGGGCGCCCCUGGAGGAGGCGUGGGCCCUGGCCCGUCCCCUGUGGACAGGUGGACGCUCCUGGUCUUCAGCUUUAUUCUGGCAGCAGCUUUGGGCCAAAUGAAUUUCACAGGAGACCAGGUUCUUCGAGUUCUGGCUAAAAAUGAGAAGCAGCUUUCAGUUCUCAGGGAUCUGGAGGGCCUGAAGCCCCAGAAGGUGGACUUCUGGCGUAGCCCAGCCCGGCCCAGCCUCCCUGUGGAUAUGAGAGUUCCUUUCUCGGAACUGAAAGACAUCAAAGCUUACCUGGAGUCUCACGGCCUUGCUUACAGCAUCAUGAUAAAGGACAUCCAGGUGCUGCUGGAUGAGGAGAGAGAAGCCAUGGCGAAGUCCCGCCGGCUGGAGCGCAGCACCAGUAGCUUCAGCUACUCCUCUUACCACACCCUGGAGGAGAUAUAUAGCUGGAUGGACAACUUUGUAACUGAGUAUUCAGAUAUUGUCUCAAAAAUUCGGAUUGGCCACAGCUUUGAAAAUCGGUCCAUUCUUGUCCUGAAGUUCAGCACUGGAGGUUCUCAGCGCCGGGCCAUCUGGAUCGACACUGGAAUCCACUCCCGGGAGUGGAUCACCCACGCCACUGGCAUCUGGACUGCCAAGAAGAUUGUCAGUGAAUAUGGCAAAGACAGCACCCUGACAAACAUACUGAACGCCAUGGACAUCUUCAUGGAGAUUGUCACCAACCCUGAUGGCUUUGCAUUUACCCACAGCAUGAACCGCCUGUGGCGGAAGAACAAGUCCACCAGACCUGGAAUCUUCUGCAUUGGCGUGGAUCUUAACAGGAACUGGAAGUCAGGCUUUGGAGGGAAUGGUUCUAAUGACAACCCCUGCUCAGAGACUUAUCGUGGGCCCUCCCCUCAGUCGGAGCCAGAGGUGGCGGCCAUUGUGGACUUCAUCACUGCCCAUGGGAACAUCAAGGCUCUGAUCUCCAUUCACAGCUACUCUCAGAUGCUCAUGUACCCUUAUGGCCACUCACUGGAGCCGGUUCCAAACCAGAAGGAGUUGUACAGUCUUGCCAAGGACGCAGCGCAGGCCCUGUAUGAGGUCCACGGGGUCGAGUACAUUUGUGGCAGCAUCAGCAGCACCCUCUAUGUGGCCAGCGGGAUCACUGUCGACUGGGCCUAUGACAGUGGCAUCAAGUACUCCUUCACCUUCGAGCUCCGGGACACGGGGCGCUAUGGCUUCCUGCUGCCGGCCUCCCAGAUCGUCCCCACGGCCCACGAGACGUGGCUGGCGCUUCGCGCCAUCAUGCAGCACACCCUCAAUCACCCCUACUAGCAACACCAUCAGGGCAGAGCAGGAGCGUUCGUUCCCUCCCCCAAGGCCUGGGCUCCUCCCGAAACCCAAGUGGUACAUCGUCCUCCCCACACCCUUCCCCUGACCCCUUAGGAAAUAAACAACACGUUUGAACAGGCUUGGGGGCCUCUGGGGCUUCGGGCUCAGCACUGAGGGGACAGGGGCGGCUUGAAAUGCCUCUUCAGGCCUCAGGAAUUCAGGAGGAUCAGGGGCCGAGCAGCCCUUGUAUCUCGUCCUCUUGCAGCGUCCUCCAGGCCCAGAGCAGAUAACUCACUCUCUGGGAAGCUACUGGAUACAGAUUGUCCCCUUGGCGUUUACAUUCUGAGAUGAUCCGGAAGGCACAGUGUCUGAUCAGAAGGAGGGGGGCCCCAGUGGUGGCAUCUCCGGCAGCCCGAGGGAGAGGUGGGUACGGACAGGCAGCUUCCUUCUCUGCCUGCUUCAUUCCCAUGCUGUGUAGCGGGGAGGGCCACAUCUCCGAGGCCGCGGCUUGGAGGAUCCCAUUCGCCCGCUAAAGGAAGGUGAACACCCUCAAGGUCUCCCCUGGUCUGGGGAGCAGGGUCGCAAGCCAGUCAGAGCCGGCACAGCAAAGCGCCACCCACCCAGGGAGAGGAAAUCCUCUUUCCCCCUUCUCUUCACCCAUGGUCACCAUGCUUGUCAGGCACUGAGCAGGGAGUCCGGGCCGGGCAUUUGCUAAGCAAGCACUUUAUCUAAGGGAGAGAAAGGGACGAUAUUUUGAGAUACAAAUGAGGUGCCCCCACCCCAUCCUGAGGCUUCCUUACAGCUUUGCCUUCCUCCACCACUGGGGAGCAGGGAUAAGGGGUCUCUCUGUCCUGCCCCCAGGGGAAGGCAGGUCCUCUGAAGAAGCAAGCAGGCCACUGAAGAGCUGAAAGGGUCUGUGUAAUUCUGAGGCAGAAAACAAGACUUCCACGGGCAAGGGCCAGACUUUUGUUGUUUUUGUCACAAAAGAAAAGGGUUGUGGGACCCGUGAUUUGGCCCCUGCAGGACACGGGGUUUUACUAUAAAUCACAGAUAUGGAAGAAAGCAGGGGGAAAUGAGAACAAGUCCCCCUUUCUACGCGCCCUGUAAAAGAAGACAGAGGCUGAAUCAGUGGGAGGUGGGUAUCAGCGGGGAUCAAAACUCUAGGUGAGGCCCAUGUCCAACAUGGCAACUGAGCAGCAGAUGAACAAGGGCUGAGCAAGGGGUCUAGAAAGCUGAUUAAAACGUAUCCAUGGGUGUACCCAUAUGGCCGCGUUCACCUGAGCAGUGCAGCUACUGGGAGCUCUGAAAAAAGAAAUGGGGAGGAGGCCUGGGGUAGAGGCAAGAAGGCUAAGCCCGGGGGCCACGGAGGCACCGUGGCCAGGGGCUGUCUGUGCGCAGGAGCAGCUGUGCCAUGAGGAGGCCUGAGGAAGUCAGGGUAAAGAACACCUGAAGAACCCAGAUCAUCUCCAGGGGAAGAGCCAACAGCGGGGGAGGAGAGCAUCCCCACUGGGGCCGCAGUUCCUCAAGAGAGGCGGAAAUUUUUUUUAAGCUGGAAGUGAUUUGAGCGAGCUAGAAUUUCCAAGCUAACGUCUUCUGCUAUUAGUGGAAAUAUGAGGCCACGGGCUGAAUUAGCAUAAGCUAUAGACAAAUAAAGCAAGUUAUACCUUGCACACUGGAGUCUGUGAUUAUAACUUUUGUACCCUCUGCGCAAAUAUUUUCAUUUCAUCCUCUUGGGGCGGAUACUACCAUUAUUAAUAAGCUUGUAUUUCAGACGAGGAAAGCACGAUCAUGAUUUGGAGAGGUUUUAAAGGCCACAUGA